CAGAUCAUAAACAGCAUCAAAAAUGUGAUCCUUUUUAUGAAAAGAAAUAUUCAUUUGGAGCGUUUUCCCUGUUGGUAGUAUAAAAUAUCCACAGUGAUGGACGACAGUGCUGACAUCGCUGUGUUGAAGGCUGAAAUUGAUGCCAAACUAGACAAGGAAGUGACUAACCUGAACCUUAUGAAGGACACACUAUAUAAGAGUAGUAACACCACCCAGAACAUGCUGACUAUCCUCUCCAGUUUUGAAAGUCGUCUUAAACGUCUAAAUGAUAACAUUGUGCCUCUUUACCAGGAGACAGACAAUCUCAGGAGGAGACAAGAAAAUAUUGAGAAAACCAUGGGAGCCUUGGAUAAUGUGCUGAGUUACUACCAUGUGGCUAAAGAAGUAGAAGAUGCUAUAAGGGAUGGCCCCACAACUUGUGGCUUAGACAAGUAUCUAUUGCUGAUGAAUAGGCUGCUCAAAGCCAAGAAUUACUUCACAGAGAACAGCCCUGGAAGCCCUGAACUGUCAGGAGUGAGUUUGCUGUUUGAUGAAGGAAAAGACAACAUUCAGCAGGAGUUCAAGUCCACUCUAAGUCGUCAUGGAAGACCUGUUCGCCCAAUGAUAAUAUUGAACCUGCUUGGUGGAGAUGAUGAUAUUGUUUCUCAGGGCAGUCAUGACUCUGAUAACACAGUGCUAGAACACUUCCCUGAGAAGGAAAUGGGAGAACUGGGAGAGAUGGCCAGAUGGCUGGUCACCGACGGCAACACUACAGACUUCCUUAAAGUCUACUCAGCAUCAAGAUCCUCCAUUCUGCAACAGUCACUUCAGGGAUUGAAAGAUCACUUGAAAUCGUCAAGCCUGGGCAGUGCUUCCUUUCAUAUACAAAGUUCUCCAGCAACAAGUGGGAAACUCAGAACAGCUAAGGAAACACCCACAAGAAAGAGCAUAAAGAGAACACUAUUUAUGAAUAAGGCUUCCAAGGCAUUGAUAAAAUCACCAUUUGAAGCUGGUAACAAACGUCAGAUAUCUGCGAGUUUAGAGACGACGAGAGAAGAGACGUGGUCAGAUGUAGAGCUGGAGUUCUACAUCACUCAGCUGACAGCAUUACUCAAACUAAUACAGAGUGAGGCUCAGUUAAUGACAAACAUCAUACCUGAGAAACACCAGAGAACAGUAUUAGAUGACACCAUACAGCAGGCAAUGGAGAUGGUCAUUAGCGAAGGGGAGCUGAUUGCUGUGAAUGUCCGGAAAGCCAUGGGUCGUCACGAGUACACAUCUGUGCUGAAUGUCUUCCCCAUUAUCCGUCACAUCAGAAGCAUUAAGUCAGACUUUGAUCUCACUCUAGAGGGAUUAAACACAAACACCAGGACCAAGUUAACAUCCUUACUGUCUUCUCUUGAUACAACGGGUGCCAAGGGAUUAGAUGCAUUUGUUGACAGCAUAAAGGCAGAUCCAGAGAGGGCCUCAAAUAUGCCUAAAGAUGGAACUGUCCAUGAGCUCACCAAUCAUGUGAUGAUUUUCUUGGAGCAGCUGCUGGAAUAUGCUGAUGCUGCAGGUGUUAUGUUACUUAGGCAUGACGAUCCUGCUGGUACAUCCAUGGGCGCUGAUCCUGAGAAAGCUAAGAAAAAGAUAGCAGAUUAUGUCAUGAAGGUUUUGUCAUCUCUGGGCCUGAACUUGACCAAUAAGGCAGAGACCUAUGGUGAUGCCACACUACGAGCCAUUUUUAUGCUGAACAACUAUAACUAUAUGCUGAAGUCACUGAAAAGGAGUGGUCUUUUGGAACUUGUACACAUAGCUGACAACCAGGUGGAACAAGCCUUUAAUGACAAAAUUCUUGAGAACAAGAAGUUAUACUCAGAAAGCUGGAGUAGAGUGUUACACUAUAUCCUGGAGGUGCACAAACCCAUCUCUGUGCAGAGGACCAGCUCACCUGAUGUUGCUAAUCUCAAGCUGAAAGACAAGGACAAACAAAAUAUCAAAGAUAAGUUUACAGGAUUUAAUAAAGAACUCGAGGACAUUUGUCGAAUCCAGAAGAGUUACGCGAUCCCGGACUCUGACCUUCGCCAGACAUUGAUAAGAGACAAUAAAGACUAUAUCACCCCCAAGUACAAGAUGUUCAGAGACAAAUACACGGCGGUGAACUUUACCAAAAAUCCAGAUAAAUAUGUCAAGUACACAGUAGAUCAAGUAUCCAGACUUCUCGACACUUUCUUUGAUGCCACUGCUUAGGUUGUCGUCACACUUCUCCCUGCAUUGGCGACCGUUAAGGAAGCACAUCGUUAUUGCUUUUAUUUUAGUUUUGUGCAUUUUUUACCAGCUAGAACUGAUAAGCAUGUCGAACAACAGCCAUCAUUGGGUUUUAAGUGUAACAUAAUGUAAUUUUAUUGACUUAUUCUGGAUAGUGCAUAGAAAAAUGUUUCAAAACUGUCCUUAUGAUUGAGAAUUAGUAAGGCAUAGGAAAAUUGGAUUUAUCAAAGUCUGAGAAGACUAACAGUUGGGAAUGGCAACUGGCAUGCGCCUGACCAGAGGCUGUAUUCCUUAUAACCGUAUUCCAGUGCUAGUACAUUCAGUGUUUCUCUGUGACUAGCAAUAAAUAUAUAAACUGUGCUUUGAGGAGGAUGAGCUCUAUAAUGCCAAAACCAUUCGUCAUUGUUCAGCAAGUACAGGUAUUGCAAAUGUUAACAUUUGGAUCACUUGGUCCCUGCAUUAACAUGAGCGUAACGUCUGUGAGGGCCAUGUGUUCCUUACAGGUCUUUAACUUUACCAGUUCACCCUAGUAUUUCAUCAGCUUGUCUGUGUACACUGAUUAGUACGUUGAGAAAUAUUUGUACACCCCAUAAUCAUGACCCACAAUCCAUUCUCCCAACAAAAUAGUGCAUGGCAGUUGUUACGACAGCUAGAGCUUCGUGGAGGGCAUUAAUGUGCUUUGCAAGCUAUUAGCUGAUACUUACAUGAAUGUCGGGGUCUUUGACCUGAUGUUCAGCAGCUAUGAGUAUGGCGUAGCAAAAUAUUUCCCGUGGAUUCAGAGGAAUGUUAACAGGUGCAUGUGACCAGCUGGAUUGAGUGAUUGUGACUUAACACAACUUUGGCAAUAUCAUGGUCUAUGUGAUCCAUUUUAUUGUGACAUGAAACAAUUGCUGACUAGUUUAAAACAGUUGUUCGUCUAAAGCAUGCACUUGUCAAAACAAACACAACGCUGUUUUGUUAUUUUGCUUCGACACCCUAGUAUUUCACACGCCGUUGAUUUGUUUUGUCGUCAGUUAUUUUAUGCAUGCCCAUGGACCAGAAAAUGUUAUGUGAUUGACCUACAAUGUUAAAGUCUUGGUACCAAGUAUAUUUGGUAUGCUGUAGCUUUGAACCAUGAAUAACUUGUUUCAUAGCCUCUGAAUAGCAUAUGUAUACUAUAACUCCUGUACAGUCAUAAAGCUGCAUAUGUGUAAUGUGGAAUUCAUGUCUGUUGUGUAUUGUUAGACUAAGGUUAUGAUCAGGAGGUUUGCAGGUACCUGGGACAACUUUCGUUUUCUCCAAACACGUCUUCGCUGUAUCUUUUAAAGCAAGAAACAAGUGAAUGAAUUAGAACGUUUAAGGAGGUGUUUUGCGAAGGGUCAUGACUUUCACCCGGACUCUGCUCUGGUUUACUCCUGCUAUAAUGCUGGUCGCAAUCGUAUAAGUGAAAUAUUCUUGUGUACGAUGUAAAACUCCAAUAAAGCAAGUAUUUAGGCCUAUGCAUGUAAUGCUCCCGUAAGUCAGGUAUUUGGACAGCGAUGUUUGGUUUGAACAAUACUGGUACGUUUGUUUUUUUUACCACAUAGUUAAUACAAAUGACGCCCCAAAUAGCCGCUUGCCGACGAAUGAAAAGUAAACUAUUGACGUUUGAAGAAUUCGACGAUGCGUCGAAAAUGCUUCUUCGUCGACCAGACAUUUGUUAUAUUGGUAGAUUAGCAAUGGAUAACAUGCACACAUGUUUGUUGGAAUCAGAGAACGGAUUGUCUAUAGCCCACCAUUCGUCUAUAUAUCAUAAAGGUGCGCAAAACCUUAUAGUACUGAAGACUUGCAUCAUAUAGAAUAA